GUUCAGGACGCUGUCCUAUGUGCAUAUAAAUAUACAACAAACUUCCCUCCCUUUGUCGCCCAUAACCUUGGGGAGAACCAAGAGAGCAAAAACACACACAAUACACAAACACACUAGAGUACAAUGGCUACUACACAAUAUUGCAUUAGCCGUUUCAUGGACAUUGACCCCAUCAAAUGCUCAUUCUCAUCCUCCCCGACUCCACUUUCAAAACAGUCACUCCACUUGUCCAAUCAUAAAUGUCAUGAACUUGGUUCGUUGUCCAUGAAUGGCUGCGGAAGUGAUCCUAGAGCCCCCCUUGGCGUCAUUGAAACUCGAACAUUCCCUAUUGUUUUGACACCGGCCUUGGCGGCCGACCGCUUGAGCUCAGCCGUUUUCGACCUGAAAACGAACCCGUCGACGUUGGAGUCCGGGAUUAUCCGAAUUGAGGUGCCGAUACAGCAGCAGAUAGAGGCGCUCGACUGGCUUCGUUCGCAGAGCCAGACCACUCUUCCGCGCUGCUAUUUCUCCGGCCGCGAUUCCGGCAAUAUUCCUCUUCUUCAACACGCCAAUGGCAAUGGCAAAGGCAACGGCCACGCUUCUUCUCAUGACCAUGAGGAUCCUCAACAGAAGCUGGUCAGUGUUGCUGGCCUGGGUUCAGCCGUCUUCUUCCGCCAUCUGCGGCCAUUCUCUUUGGACGAUUGGCGUUCGAUCAAAAGGUUCUUAUCCAAAAAGUGUCCUCUAAUCCGUGCUUAUGGUGGAAUCCGCUUUGAUGCAAGGUCUAACAUAGCCCCCGAGUGGGAGGGUUUUGGUUCUUUUUAUUUCAUGGUUCCUCAGGUUGAAUUUGAUGAGUUUGAAGGGAGUUCAAUGAUUGCUGCAACUAUUGCAUGGGACAAUCGCCUAUCAAGAACUUAUGGACAAGCAGUUGCUGCACUUGAGGCUACAAUGUGGCAGAUUUCAUCAGUUGUCCGAAGAUUAAAUGGUAAUGGCCGUCGUGCUGUUAUGCUACACCAGACUCAUAUUCCUAACAAAGCAUCGUGGGACUCAGCUGUUAAACGAGCUUUGGACUUGAUGACUAGGAAGAAUUCAACGCUUGUUAAGGUUGUUCUUGCACGCAGCAGCAGAGUACUAACAGCGGUAGAGAUCGACCCUUUAGAGUGGUUGACAAACUUACAGGUUGAAGGGGAUAAUGCUUACCAGUUUUGUCUUCAGCCACCUGAAUCACCUGCAUUCAUUGGAAACACACCGGAGCGCCUAUUUUAUCGAGACCAGCUUAGAGUUUCCAGUGAAGCUUUGGCUGCAACACGAGCUAGAGGUGGAACUCCGUCUCUGGAUUUACAGAUAGGACAUGAUUUACUUACCAGUGCUAAAGACGACCAUGAAUUUGCUGUAGUAAGAGAAAGUAUACAGAGAAAGUUAGAGAAUAUAUGUUCCAGCACGAUAAUUGAACCAAGCAAAGCUCUACGGAAACUUCCACGUGUUCAACAUCUUUAUGCUAAACUGACAGGCACACUGCAGAAAGAAGAUGAUGAGUUUAAGAUUUUGGCUUCCCUUCAUCCUACUCCUGCUGUUUGUGGGCAUCCUAUGGAAGAGGCACGAAUUGUAAUAUCAGAAACUGAAAUGUUCGACCGAGGAAUGUAUGCUGGCCCUGUCGGGUGGUUUGGUGGUGCAGAGAGUGAGUUUGCUGUGGGAAUAAGAUCCGCAUUGGUUGGGAAGGGUGUUGGCGCAUUACUCUAUGCUGGAACCGGGAUCGUACAAGGAAGCAAUCCGGCCCUGGAAUGGCAGGAACUGGAGCUGAAGACAUCACAGUUCACGAAAUUGAUGAAACUUGAGGCCCCUCUUUUGGUGAUGAGGGAGAAAAUUGAACUGUAAAUUAAAAGGGCAGAACAUCAAGUGAGCUUACUUUGCAAACUCCAAGGUUUUGGUGUGAUCAUAUCAGGAAUUUCUGCAAAUUUGUGUCCAGGAUGAUCACAUUUUCCCGAAUAAGUGCUUCAUUUCUUCAUAAGAUCUCUCUCUGCAAUCUCCAUGUCCGGUUCUUGAGCACGUUCUCCAGUCAUGUAGUCUCUUCGUUACCUGCAUUACCAGGAAAAAAAUAAUACUGAUCAGCCUACUUACACACACAUACACACACACAUAUAUAUAUGUAUAUUGUCUUUUUAUUACAUCCUGUAACCAGGCAAGAAUGAGGAGCUGUUCCUCAAUCUCAAUGUAAAAUUCUAAUGUUUUCUACCAAGUUAUGGUAUAGUCAAGGUUUUCUUGAGCAAUAGCCCACAUGGUUUUCAUUGUUAUGGAUGGGUAUACUCUGGAAAAUGUUUAUCAAACACUAACACUAACCAAUG